GAAUAUUUAAAUAAACGUCUUUGCUGCGCUUGCAUCCAUGCCCAGCCAAUAUACAACUGUAAAGCAAAUAUAGAAAGUCGGCUGUUGAUAUGAUUGUCUGUUAUCGAACACAUUCAGUGAUAAAGCUGGGUUACUCCUGCUUUUGGUGCUCUCACCUUAUCUGGAAGAUCUGCAAACAUUACCUAAAUAGGCUGGCAAGAUAAACCCUUUCUGGAACCCGAGACUUGGCCAUAAAGAUAAUGCUGCAUUUUUCUGUCAGAAUCACAUAUGAUGUGUGUUCUGUAGAGGUUAUUUCUGCAUGGAAACUCAACUUCUUGGAUUAGCCGUCCCAGUGAAAAUCCUCAUUGUUGGAGUGUAAACCAAAUACGAAGCCCUCUUGCAAAGUAGCCUCUUUCAUCCCAUACUCAAAAUACCCAGUUUAGCAAGCAACUGAGAUUUAAGUCUCUCUGGCCCUAAGAGGUUUUUCCUCUUUGCUCCCUCCAAUCUUGAGAUUGGGUUUUGCUUUAGAGUGCACGUAUCAUAAUUCCGUAUGAUAGAUGGGGCCUGGACACCCAUCUCAACAGGGUCACUUGGUAAUUAACAAUAGCCAUAUAAAUGCAGAUACAGGUUACUACCCAGCCUUUACCUUCCUCAGGUAACAGUCGUAGAUACCAGCUUUUUUUUUUUUUAAUUGGCUUUGGCCAGUAGCUAAAGUGCAAGACUGAAUUAAUGAGAAGAUAUAUUAAAUGUAGUCAUAGGGGACUGAGGAGCAAGGAUGGCCUUGAAGAGGCCAAAGGAAUGUCCGUUUGCUGAGUUUCCCUUCCUUAUGUCUCCAGUCUGGUGCCAGGUAGUGGAGUAAAAAAGGAGACAGUUUAUUUUUUUAUUCUAUGUGCACACUUACAGUAUACAUAUAUAUUUAUAUCACAAUUUACGAAACCAAAAAGUUGAGUUUCCAAUGGAACCCUUGUUUUUUAAUAAUCGACUUUUUAAAUGUGAUCAGGACUAUAAUAUUGUACAGUUAUUAUAGGGCUUUUGGGGAAGGGGAGGAUAGUGAGAAGAUGCUCUGGGGGUUUUGUUUUUGCUUUUCCUUCAGGGUUUUAUUUUUGAUUGUUUUGUUUUCUUGUUGGCCAUUUCUGUAUUGCUGGCAUCUGUGCUAAGCUUUACAGUGGCAAAAAUAAUGACAUGUAGCAAAGAUUUUCAAACAAAAUAUUUUUUCCUUUUGUAAAAUUUCUUGUGUUGUGUGAUCUUGAUUGCGGCUUUAUCAUUCCUUUCCAGUUCAUAAACAACAGGCACCCACAACUAGAGGAAUCUAUAGUUUAAGCUCCAGACAUACAAACAUAAGGCACAUUGUGUCUUUAAUUUCAGGAAUCAGAAAUCAUAGGGUUCUGAUCACAUUGCACGCCUCCCCCCCACUUGUCCUCCUGAUCCUGACACAUUCUGAGUAACAUCAGCAGGAAUGCUCUGACCAUGAGGUGGGGGUUUUGGGGUGGGCGUUGCCCGGGUUCUUGGGAGAGAGGGGAAGAGUUGGGACUUGAAAACCACUAGGGCACAUCUGGAUGCCUUCCCCCAGUAUGUCCUUUUCUGGAUUAAAAUGAGUGAAAUUUAAACUGUUCAAGUCUGGACCUGGUUUCCCUCUAGGAGACUAUGUUGGUUCAUUAGCAACUUUUUUUUUUUUUUUUUUUUUUUUUUUUGUGAGAGAUGGAGUCUCGCUCUGUUACCCAGGCUGGAGUUCAGUGGCACGAUCUUGGCUCACUGCAACCUCUGCCCCUUGGGUUCAAGCAAUUCUCCUGCCUCAGCUUCCCAAGUAGCUGGCACUACAGGUGUGUGCCACCAUGCCCAGCUAAUUUUUGUGUUUUUUUUUUUUUAGUAGAGAUGGGGUUUCACUAUAUGUUGGCCAGGCUAGUCUCGAACUCCUGACCUUAGGUGAUCCACAUGCUUUGGCCUCCCAAAGGCCUGGGAUUACAGGUGUGAACCACCGUGCCUAGCCUAUUAGCAGCUCUUAAAAUCCAGAGGCAUAAGCCUGUAUUUUUGAGGGUUUAUGCAUGGAAUCCAGCUAGAAACUGAGUCUAUUACAGAUCCCAUUUAUUAUCCUUUCUAUUCCAAGAAGCCUUUUUUUCUCCUUCCCCACAUCUGUUUAUGGAAGAAAAUGAAGUUUGGGGUGUGGUUUGAGGACUCAGCUAGAUUCUUAUGAUCUGUCACAUGCUUGGAUGUUGGGGAAGCAUUUGGAGAAGCUCAUGUGACUUGUCCUAGAUUGGGGAUUUUAAUUGAGACAGAUGAUGUUUAUCGGGCAUCCCACCACCUGAGAGUUUUAGCAACAGAGUCACAUGUGAGUCCAUCAGAACUUAACGGCAUUGAUUCAAGUGCUGUCAUAAAUAACCAGGACUGCUGUUUUUGGUUACUUUUAAAGACAGUUUCAUCUGGACUUUCUGGGCAUAUCCUCCUUCAGCAAAACCACAUUAGGCUGGGAAAACUAUUCUGCCUGGAAGUAAUGACAACUUGCAACCAACAAGCUUAUAAAAAUACAAAGAAUUCUGGAGCCUAUGGCUUCCAUUACAUUGUUCUUUUAUAGCCUUUCAUGUUCAUUACCGCAUCCCAGAGGUGAGAGUCAGACACAAAUUUGAAAAUAGGUUUCAAUGUUGGAGAGGUAAAUCCUAACAAGAAAGGGGUAGGAAAAGAUAUAAUCCCCCAAUAUUAAAAUAAAGAUAUUGAAGAAGAAGGAUGGGAGAGACUAGGGCUGUGUCCUUCCUUUUACUCACCAAAAGAGAAAGUAAGCUCCUAUUUGAGUCAAUAGAUAUUGAGGUCUUGUUAUUUGCCACCAAAGACAGUCUUGUGAGACUAAAUACCUAGUAAUUCCCUACCCUGGCACACAUGCCGCAUACACACAGAAACACUGCAAAUCCACUGCCUCCUUCCCUCCUCCCUACCCUUCCUUCUCUCAGCAUUUCUAUCCCCGCCUCCUCCUCUUACCCAAAUUUUCCAGCCGACCACUGGAGCUGACUUCCGCAAUCCCGAUGGAAUAAAUCUAGCACCCCUGAUGGUGUGCCCACACUUUGCUGCCGAAACGAAGCCAGACAACAGAUUUCCAUCAGCAGGAUGUGGGGGCUCAAGGUUCUGCUGCUACCUGUGGUGAGCUUUGCUCUGUACCCUGAGGAGAUACUGGACACCCACUGGGAGCUAUGGAAGAAGACCCACAGGAAGCAAUAUAACAACAAGGUGGAUGAAAUCUCUCGGCGUUUAAUUUGGGAAAAAAACCUGAAGUAUAUUUCCAUCCAUAACCUUGAGGCUUCUCUUGGCGUCCAUACAUAUGAACUGGCUAUGAACCACUUGGGGGACAUGACCAGUGAAGAGGUGGUUCAGAAGAUGACUGGACUCAAAGUACCCCUGUCUCAUUCCCGCAGUAAUGACACCCUUUAUAUCCCAGACUGGGAAGGUAGAGCCCCAGACUCUGUCGACUAUCGAAAGAAAGGAUAUGUUACUCCUGUCAAAAAUCAGGGUCAGUGUGGUUCCUGUUGGGCUUUUAGCUCUGUGGGUGCCCUGGAGGGCCAACUCAAGAAGAAAACUGGCAAACUCUUAAAUCUGAGUCCCCAGAACCUAGUGGAUUGUGUGUCUGAGAAUGAUGGCUGUGGAGGGGGCUACAUGACCAAUGCCUUCCAAUAUGUGCAGAAGAACCGGGGUAUUGACUCUGAAGAUGCCUACCCAUAUGUGGGACAGGAGGAGAGUUGUAUGUACAACCCAACAGGCAAGGCAGCUAAAUGCAGAGGGUACAGAGAGAUCCCCGAGGGGAAUGAGAAAGCCCUGAAGAGGGCAGUGGCCCGAGUGGGACCUGUCUCUGUGGCCAUUGAUGCAAGCCUGACCUCCUUCCAGUUUUACAGCAAAGGUGUGUAUUAUGAUGAAAGCUGCAAUAGCGAUAAUCUGAACCAUGCGGUUUUGGCAGUGGGAUAUGGAAUCCAGAAGGGAAACAAGCACUGGAUAAUUAAAAACAGCUGGGGAGAAAACUGGGGAAACAAAGGAUAUAUCCUCAUGGCUCGAAAUAAGAACAACGCCUGUGGCAUUGCCAACCUGGCCAGCUUCCCCAAGAUGUGACUCCGGCCAGCCAAAUCCAUCCUGCUCUUCCAUUUCUUCCACAAUGGUGCAGUGUAACGAUGCACUUUGGAAGGGAGUUGGUGUGCUAUUUUUGAAGCAGAUGUGGUGAUACUGAGAUUGUCUGUUCAGUUUCCCCAUUUGUUUGUGCUUCAAAUGAUCCUUCCUACUUUGCUUCUCUCCACCCAUGACCUUUUUCACUGUGGCCAUCAGGACUUUCCCUGACAGCUGUGUAUCCUUAGGCUAAGAGAUGUGACUACAGCCUGCCCCUGACUGUGUUGUCCCAGGGCUGAUGCUGUACAGGUACAGGCUGGAGAUUUUCACAUAGGUUAGAUUCUCAUUCACGGGACUAGUUAGCUUUAAGCACCUAGAGGACUAGGGUAACGUGACUUCUCACUUCCUAAGUUCCCUUCUAUAUCCUCAAGGUAGAAAUGUCUAUGUUUUCUACUCCAAUUCAUAAAUCUAUUCAUAAGUCUUUGGUACAAGUUUACAUGAUAAAAAGAAAUGUGAUUUGUCCUCCCUUCUUUGCACUUUUGAAAUAAAGUAUUUAUCUCUUGUCUACAGUUUAAUAAA